AUGGGAUCUUCGAAGCGAAAGUCUCGCCAUGUGAGCGAGGAGCCCGAGGAAAACCAGGAGCCGUACUAUUCCGUCCGCGGUAUUCUGAACGAGAACAAGACCAAAUACUUGGUCGAUUGGGAGGACAUUGGCUCGGAAUCGUUCAGGCCUACCUGGGAACCGAAAGCUUACGUUACCGCUGAGGCAAUUCAAGAAUGGGAAGAUAAAAAGAAGGAGAAGAAGAGACUGGCCCAUGAGAAGAACAAGAAGAGAAAGAGCAACACCGCUGGUCGUCUUUCCUCCCACGAGCCUAUCCAGACUGACGAAGAUGACGAAGAGCCUGGCAGCGAAAACCAAACUCCUGCGACCACAGCUUCUGGACAUCGACCUUCGAUCAGGGUGAAGUUCAGCAAAAAGAACCCUGUCGUCGAAGUCGAUUCGCCUGUAACCAGAGUCUCUGAGCCGAAGCCUACGGAGACGAAGUCUGGAAAUCCGCGACUCUCCGAAAUUGCGAACGCUCAGGCAGAAGACAAGGACGAAGUCGCCGAUCCACCCGCCAAACGAGGCCCUGGUAGACCCAAGAAAUCGAAUGCUGCCGCGGAAGGCGUUUCAAAGGAGAAAGAGAAGGUCGACAAUAGAGAAGGCUCGAGCCGCCCUCCUGUGAUAUUGGAACUUGGUCGUUCCACCGGCCAGAAACGCAAGCGUCCUGUCAGCGCUUCGAAGGCUGUGAACAUCUCUUCCGACGACGACUCGGAUGUCCUUCUCAGAGCCAAAUGCAGGCGGAACGCAGUUCCCGAGUCUUCUGAAGAAGCCCAACACGUGCAGGAGGCCAAACCUACUGCUGCUCUUAAGAAGAGAGGCAGGCCUAGGAGACCAAGCCCCAAGACUCCAGUUGGUGCAUCUGGUACUGAAGAAGAUUGUGCGAUGGAGAUCGAUGAAAGCGAACUGUACGAAGAUCCGGCUGCUGCGCAGUUACAGCGUGAAGUCCGGUCCGCACGCAAGCAGUCGCCUGGCCGACAGCAAUUGUCGAGACAAUCGCCUGGUCGACAACCCUCCCUGGAAUUCGACGACGGGAUUAGUGACUUCCGUUCGUCUCAGAUUGUCAGAGGCACACAACAAGAGCCGCUUCAUCUUGGAGAAGACACCGUUAUGGAAGAGCCCGCAGACUCUCAAUCCAUAGUUGAUGCUGCUGCUGCUUCGAGUUUGUCAGCGAAGAACUCACCCUUCGAGCCAUCUGGAUCGACCUUCGAGAACAUUACAAUCAACAGUUCUUCCGGGGUUCAUACAAUCUCCAAUCUGCCGCAUCGUCGCUUUGGCCCAGAUGCUGUCAUCUGUGAUUCACAGAGUUACCUCGACGGCAGUAGUCUGCACAUAUCAGAGCAGCGCACCGAAGUCCAAGAAGUCAUGGAUGAUCAGAUGCAAAUUCGCGAGGAUGCUUCGACCGAAAGCCAGAUCGUUGUAGAGCAUGACAUUGCCGACAAGAUGAUGACUCAAGAGCUGCCUGUUCCUGAGAGUAGUAUUGCACAGGAUCCUAAGGAUGCCCCACAGUCGGACGUCGCUGCUCUGGCUGCAAGUGAACAACCACCACUUGAACUAUCAACCAGAAACAAUACCAGUGUACCCGCAGAAGCAGCAUCAAGUUCUGCUGCUCAGGGAACCAUCCAUCAAGUUUCCACACGUUCUCCAUCACCAGCUCGAGGAGCUGCGCGCUCAAGUUCUAACUCAACUGCACCACCCACGGACCCUGCCGAUCAAUCAACUGAAUCGCAGUCGCACUCUGGAAACCAAGCCUCACACCCAGCCAAGUCUUCAUCAAAGAACAAGGAUUCAGUUGAGGCACCCUCAUCUUCUCCUGCUGCGCUCAAUCAGGAGUCUGGCCAGGCCGCUUCUGUUCACCCACCACAAGUGUUUACCCAGCAAAGUCACGUGGAUCAAGCCGCCCAACAGGUCUCGUUCCAGCAACCACCUACUCAGCAACGUCCGACACUUGAUUUUGUCCAAAGUUCUGCCGAGGAAGUUACAACAUCAUCUCUUGCAUUCAACACCCAGAUCGCGCCCGCGUUCGCGUUCGCUCCGGUGUCGCUUCCGUCAAGUCCUGUCCUAUCUUUACCAUCCAACUUGCCCAACACCAUCGGUGAUUCGGCUCCCUCACCUCUCAAGACCAUGUCUGAUCUCGGUAGCUCUAGCAUCGAGCGGAAUUCCGACGGCACCCCGAAGCUGAACCCCGAUGGCACACCCAAGAGGAUCAAGUUCGCCGACAGAAUUAGAGAAAUGAAAGCUACGAACCGGGCCAGACGUGAUGCUGAGGCUAGAGAAGAAGCUCUCGCUGAUGAGAGAGCCGCAGCUGCUCGUGCUGUCACCAGUACUCCUGCCAAACCUUCUGCACCGUUCAUGCAUUCGCCCAAGCCUGCAUCUGCUGUUCCCGCAAGACUCAUGUCGCCAGCCAUUACCGAUCGCGAAGAUCGCUCACCCUCAACUGUUCCUCCUGUCGAGAACAUCCCUGAAGAGACACCCGAGCAAAGCACUCGCUCUGAACACUACGAGACUCUUAUGCCUGGACAAGGUCCACAGAUCAAUACCGAGACUUCACGACCCUAUAUCUCGCAAGAUCUCGCCAUGCACGACAUUGAAGUUGAGACAAACUCUAACAACCAGCACUUGGUCUCGCUAGAAUUUGCGCCAUUACAGAGAGAUCAUUACACAUGUGCCUUCCAUGAUUCCAAAGCCAUAGUUGACAGCUUUACUCUGCACGGAAUCUUGCCAGCCGAUUCUACACUUGCACAACAAGCUCGUAAUUUCAUGCUCCAGCUUCAUCAUAUCGUCAACCACACAGAUCUCAACAACCCCGACGCAUCUACUCAAAGUUCUCCAACCUCUCAAUCAGAAUGGGAUAUGGCCGUGAGUUCGAAGUUCAGAUUCAUCAAGAGCCUUCUGGAUGCAGCCAAGCGUCACAACCUUCAUAUUGCAUUGCUUGUUGACCCUGGAAGACUUGCUGCCGUCCUCCAAGGCUUUUUGCAAGGCAUCAACAUCAUGUACAACGUCAUUGAUGGUCAAAACAACGUUGUCAACCACGAAUCAACUGCGACCAUCUUGUUGAAUAGCGUCGAGUCCGUCGACACAACAUCACUAGACAUGGACAUGAUUGUCGCCAUCGACGGAAGCACGUCCAAAGACAUAAUCACACGUACUCAGAAGAUGCUUUCACGUGAAUCUCUGGUGCCUACAAUCUCCCUUGUCAUCCCUCUGUCCAUUGAGCAUGCGGAGCUUUACCUCCCUUCUACUUCUACCAUGUCUGAAGCACAGCGUCUCCAUGUCCUCCUCAGUACCGCCACCAACGAGAGAGAGAAGGCUGGAUGGGAAAGCCGUGGCACCGACACCGACUUUGAGCGUAAGGCAUCCGACAUAGUGUCUUGGAUUCUGAACCCAGGUGAGGCCGACUGGACUUUAUACGGCCUUCAAUCGCUACAACUGAUCGAGGGAGGUCAAAGCCAGUCAUCGGAGGAUGAACUCAUGGUCGAUAACAGUGGCUCUAACAAACGCUCACUGGAUGAAGACAAUGAAGUGGCUCUGGCAAAGAGGGCCCGCGUCGAUGACUCGCUUCCGCUGACCAUCAACCCGGCCGAUAUGCACCUUGCGCCCGGCACCAUCCCUACCAACUCGCACGUCAGCAACUCUGUGGCUCCCUCGCAACACGCCGCCACUCUCCUACAGCUCAGCAAUGCUCAAGCAGAGCUCCGCGAGCUCACUCAAGCUAUGGAAGCUCUCCAAUACAAUUGUGAAGAGCAGCGCGCACAGAUGGUCCAGGCACAGAAGGAACGCAACGAGGCUAUCCAGAGAGAGGAGAGACUAAGAACUUCCAACGAUGAUCUCAGGGCCAAGAAUUUCUCGCUGCGUGACGAGGUUUCGAACCUGAAGAAGCAGUUGGAGGUUGCCAAUGCCGCCCUGCUCGACCACACAGUCCCUGAGCGUGUCGAGCUCGAGAAGAGCAAGGCCGAGGCCGUCGCCGCUGUCAAUGAGAGCAAGGACCAGACUAAGCGUGGCAAGAUGCUCGAGGAACAGCUCGACUACCUGCGUAGCCAGUACCAAGACCGCUCGAACGAGAACACCGUGCUGGCAAACAGCAAUGCCGACCAAGCCAAGCAGAUCGUCGAGCUCCAAAUCCAGGCCUCUGGCGAGCGUGCCAAACUCAAGGCAAUCAACAACGACACCUUGAUCAAGAAGUACGAAGACACAGUCAAGCAGCUUCGUACCGUCGUGAAGGAGAGAGAAGGAACCAUGCAGAGAAUGAGCGAGGAGCUCACUCGCCUGCGCGAGCCACGUGGUCGCGUUGGCACCAGGGCCAGCAGUAUCCCUCGCAGCCCUCGUGCCGGCACUCGCGAACCCGUGAGCCGCCAAGGCAGUCCUUCUGUUCAGCGCCCUCACCCAUUGAGAAAGGAGAACUGA